CUGCUGCUAGCAAAACUACUAACUCAUCCUCCACCCUGCUAUCUUCCAAGGUCUCAAUUUUCUUGGUUUGAGUCACCACCAUCGCCUUCUCCUCCCUUCCUCUCUUACCUCUCUAAUUCCCAUCUCAAUUCCAAUCCGGAGUAGAUAGGAUAAGUAGAUAAGAUGUCGGGCAAGGACUGCGGCAACCACGGCGGGUACUGGCCAUGUAAGCGGCACAAGGUGUUCCGCCGCCUGUUUGCCUGCUUCCUGUGCCUCAUCAUCGUGGUGCUCUUCGCGAUCCUGGUCAUCUGGCUGGUCCUCCGUCCGUCGAAGCCCAGGUUCAACCUCCAGGACGCCACCGUCACCAACUUCAACCUCGCGGCUCCCAAUUUACUCUCCUUCACCGUCCAGAUCACCAUCGGCUCCCGCAACCCCAACGACCGCAUCGGCAUCUACUAUGACCGCCUCGACGUCUACGCCGACUACAAGGGCCAGCAGAUCACCGCCGCCACCGCCCUUCCCACCGGCUACCAGGGCCACGACGACUUCAGCGUCUGGUCCCCCUACCUCUACGGCAACAACGUCCCCCUCGCCCAGUACCUCGCCGUCGCCGUCGACCAGGACGAGUCCGCCGGAUUCAUACUCAUCUAUUUCAAGAUCGACGGCAGGCUCCGGUGGAAGGUCGGCACCUGGAUCUCCGGCAACUACCACAUCGACGUCAACUGCCCCGCCUUCUUCACCGUCAACUCCACCAAGGAAUUCCAGUUCCAGAAGACCACCUCCUGCAGCGUCGACGUCUGACGGCGACGGACACCUUCUUGUCUCCACCUCCUCUUCAUAUCUCCUCCAGCGAUCGCAUCCAAAUUAGUCAGUGUUCUUGACGUCGGUCUGGUGUAACCCGGGGUAAAAAUUAAGCAAUAUAGCCAUGCAAGUAAAAAUUAAUUAAUAUAGGGAGGGAUAAUAAAUACAUUCUAGCUACAAGGAAUAUAUAGCGGGUACUGUUCGUAUGUCUGACCACAGCCGUUGGGCGUAUUGAUGGAUCGAUCCAGGAUGGAGCUAAGAUGACAUCAUGAUCUUCUUGUCCUGACGUCAUGAUCUUCUUGUCCUCUGCACUCGUGGUCUUUUUAUUUAUUGUAAUUAAUGGGAUUUGAUUUCAAUACACCGUGAUAGACCGUUGCUCCUUUUCUUCGGUAAUAAAAUUUAUGAAAUACUUUGAUCGGUUA